CAACCAGCCCUAGAAGACCUCUGAAACCUCCAUCAUAUGUGAUUGCGGAGAGGAACCAGAAGCAUAGAAUUGGAGCUGGAGGGGGCCUUUUUUACGCCCCUCAACUGAAGCCCAAAGAGGGGCCUUGCUCCUCCUUCGGAGUAGGGGAUUUGAACGGGGUCGAAUAAAGGAGGGGCCGAACUUGCCGCAAGCUAGAGGGAAUGGGACAGAGGCAGAAAAAAUACUGUUAAGUCUUGGAAAUAGCAGCUCCUUAUCAUGGCCAGCAGCCCUGAUGAAGAUCCAGGAGAGAACAGAAUUGUGUAUGUGAAAGGGGACCUUUUUGCAUGCCCCCAAACAGACUCAUUGGCCCACUGCAUCAGUGAGGAUUGUCGAAUGGGUGCUGGGAUAGCUGUUCUCUUCAAAAAGAAGUUUGGAGGGGUGCAGGAGCUCUUGAAUCAACAAAAAAAAUCUGGAGAAGUAGCGGUGCUAAAGAGAGAUGAAAGAUAUGUAUACUACCUGAUUACAAAGAAGAGGGCUUCUCACAAGCCAACUUAUGAAAACUUGCAAAAGAGUCUAGAGGCCAUGAAAACCCAUUGUCUGAAAAAUGGGGUGACUGACCUCUCCAUGCCUAGAAUUGGUUGUGGUCUCGAUCGGCUACAGUGGGAGAAAGUGUCUGCAAUGAUUGAAGAGGUGUUUGAGGGCACAGACAUCAGGAUUACUGUAUAUACUCUCUGAACAGAUGGACCUUGUGGAUGUGUCCAUGUCUCUCAUCUCACCCCCACCAAGCCCAGAGAACUGGGACAGGAGAUCUUAAAUUGAGCAGGGAAAAGUUUUAUUUGAAGUAGUCUCUCUGUUACACCAGCCAUAUUCCAGUUGCCGUUGUUUGGAUGGGCUUUGGAGGCUAGGGUGUUUCAGAUAUGUUGCUGUUUUACUAUGAGAAGUUGGGUGGUCUGUUAGACGGGGAAAUGCCAGGUGAUAGUUAACAGAUUGAACACCCCUUGGCCAGUAUCAUUGAUUUGUUCAGCUGGCCACUAAGUGGCAGCAUUGACUCUGCUUCUCUUUAAGGAGAGCACUUUCAGGGAGGAUUGAAAGUUUCAAUUGGCUUGGCAUUUCUUUUUGUAUAUUUGCCCCCCCUGAAAUCAUGAUUUGUGCACUUGUUCAGUGUUGUCUUUGUGUUGCCAGAGCCAUUCUAGGACAGGUGAAUUAAGGUGUUUUUAAAAAAAAUUUGUAUAACUGAGGUUUAUGUUGUUGACAAGGGGGAGUUCUGUUGAAUAAAGUGGGAAAAAAAAAGAUCUUUCUCUUGAGGUUUGUAAAAUGAGGUUUUGUGCUCAUGGACUGUAAUCUAGUCUCACUUUAGUGUAAAGCAAUUGCAAAAGUUUUCAGUUACAUUUAACUGUAGUGCCUUAUUUCAAAGCUAUUGCAAGGAACCAUACUCUCACUUUCAUGAGAAAUUACAUAACUGGAAUUAAUGAUGAGUCAGGAGCCCUGUCCUUGAGUGAUUGAGACUUGUUGUGCUUUACAGCUUUCAUAUCUUUGCUGUCUCUCCACAUCUUCUCCAGAUCAUAAUCUGGGAAGUAGCUUUACAAUGACAUGUGCAAAAUUAAUUUCCUCAACGUGGUGGAGUUUCUUUCCUCGUUUUUUACAUAUUACCAACCAGAUAGAUCUUCUCACCAGUGGGAGUAUCAUCUAUGAUGCUAUUUGUUACUUGAAGUAAAUGCUAGCUAGCUAGCUGCAGGUAGCAGAUUCACCUGUAGCCCACUACCAGAAAAGACCAACACCCCUGGCUAUUUAAAGGCUGAUAAGAGAGAAACAAAAGCUUCCUAGAUACCCCGGUCUUUGUUCCCCUCACUAACUUCAUCCUGCAUUACCAAACCUGUCUGUGACAAACUAAGGAAGAAGUAAUUGCAUCCAUUUUAUUUACCUCAUUUUUAGACUAGCAGAACAAAGCUCAUGACAUUGAGAAUGAGUAGCUUUAUGUCAGAGCUGUGGCAUUAUGAAAGCUAGAUGUAUAUGUUUUCUUUCUAUAUCUCUAUGCAAAGGAUUAGAACAGCUAGACCAGUUAUUGAUUUUUUUCCUAUAGCGAAUUCUCAACACAACGUAAGACCUCUUGAGCUACCCUUCCGAGUGGAAAAAAAAAUGUGAAUGUUAGAAGGGUUAUGUAUCUUGGUAAAGCACUUUAAAACUGCCUUUGAAUGUAA